AUGGCUACAACAACUCAAGUAAAACGACCCGCACUUGGUGGUGCAGCUAAAAAACGAUCAACUGGUUCUCGACCUGAAUUAACUGAAGAACAAAAAACAGAAAUUCGCGAAGCAUUUGAUUUAUUUGACGCUGAUGGUUCAGGAACAAUUGAUGUUAAAGAACUUAAAGUUGCAAUGCGUGCAUUAGGUUUUGAACCUAAAAAAGAAGAAAUUAAAAAAAUGAUAUCUGAUAUUCAAAAAGAAAAUGCUGGUACAAUUGAUUUCAAUGAUUUUCUUCAAUUAAUGUCUCAAAAAAUGGCAGAAAAAGAUUCAAAAGAAGAAAUUUUAAAAGCAUUUCGACUUUUUGAUGACGAUAAUACAGGAAAAAUUUCAUUUAAAAAUUUAAAACGUGUUGCAAAAGAAUUAGGUGAAAAUUUAACUGAAGAAGAAUUACAAGAAAUGAUUGACGAAGCCGAUCGUGAUGGUGAUGGUAGCUGUACAGAAUACGAGAUGGGUAGUAUUUUAAGUCGAUUAUCAUCAACACGACCUCAAGAAAAAAAAACUCGAUGGAGAAAAGAAAAAAGAAAAGAUUUACAUGAUAUAAAAACAUCAUAUGAAAGUGAUCAAUAUCUUGUACAAAAUAAAAAUGAACAAAAAAAUUCCGAUAGAAAUUUAAUUAAUACAUAUGAAAAUUGGAAUAAACAAAUUGAUCAACAAAAAAAGACAAGUUUUAAUGAUCCACCAGGUGCACCAACCACGUAUUCAACUAAUUAUCCAAAUAUUCAAAAUGAUCUAAUGAAUCAAUCAUGGCCAACACAUCAUGAUGUAAAUAAUCAAUUCUAUCUAAUGACAACAUCAUCUAAUAUGUCGUAUGACCCUAAUCACUAUGCUCAUACUCAAAUGCAAAGUACAUCUAUUAAUCAAGGUCAACAAGUUAUUUCUGAUGAACGACCAUCAAAAAAGGUACAAUUUGCUCGUCCUAUUCAACAAGGAGCACCAUCUAAAAGUCUCUUAACUAGUACACAAUCAUGGCAUGAUCCAAGUAUUACAACUAAUGAUUUAUCCGUUUCCAUAACACGACAAGAUCUAUUAUCAAAUAGGCAACCAGCACAUCGAUCACAAUUAGCUGUAUCAAAUACAUCAUCAGCUCAUCCAACUGUACAAAAACCUAUUUAUGUUGGUAUUGAUCAUAAAGCAACAUUAGCCGAACGUGGUCAAAGAACUGCAAAUCAACAUCAUCAUAAAGAUAAUGAUAAAAAUAAUAUCGAAUCAAUAAAUUCUUCUACAAAUAAUCAUAGAACACGUUCUCAUAAACAUCAUCAACAUAAAUAUCAAGAAUUGAAUGGUUUAUCAACUGCUAAAGUCAAUAUUCAAUCGAAUAAAACUAUAGAACCUUUACAAGGUAAAUUAUUUGGUACACAUCGUAUAUUAACAACAACAUCAACAUCAACAGUAAUACCAAAUAAAUCAAUACAACAUAAUGAACAAUCUAUAUUUAAUGAAAAUGAUAUGCAAGUAUCAAAAACAAGACACAAUCGUCAAUUACAAUCUCAACAUUUAGAACAACAAUCAUUGAUUGAUAAUGAAACAAAACAAUCAAGAAAUAGAGGAAAUCAUUCACAACAAAAACAACAAUCACGUGUAUCUAAUAAUCGAAAUAAUUCACCUUUACGUACAGAAUCAAUACGACGAAAUGAAAAUAAACAUGAAAGUACACCAAUUAGGAGAAUUUCUCUAUCACCACAAAGACAGCUACAACGACAAAAAUCAUCAACAAUACCUUCAACAGGCACUACUUCAACAAAUAUUACUCGAACACGUGUAUAA